UUCAAUCCCAGAAAGAAGACAACAGGGGACAAACCACCAGGAGUCCACAAGGUCAACUGUCCUCCUGUCUCCAAAAUCAAAACAAAAAAAAUCGUGAAAGGUGAAUGUGUGCGUGAUUCUUCGUGUUGGGACAAGGCUGCAGUCAAGUUGAAAUAUUGGAUUACUCCUCCCUGCCCGGUCCCCUUGAUCAUGAGUUGUGCGGGGUUCUACCUGCUGCUCCUGCUGCUGCCAGGGGUGACGUGGUGCCAGCCGCGCGGCUACAGCAGCCAGGGGGGCGUAGGAGGCUCCUCCCGCCUGGACGAGGAUGAGGACGGGGGGGUGAUGGAGGAUGACGCCCCAGCUGACAGGGACCUGAUGACCGUCCACAUCCUCAACCGCAGCGGCAUCCUGGCCUCCCUGCUCUCCUCCUCCUCCUCCUCCUCCCCAAACGUGCAGCCCUUCCUCCGGGAAGCCCGGGCGUCGCGGCCCCUGCUGCCCCAACAGCUGACCAAGAAGGCCACGCCGGGCUCUCGCUUCGCCCUGUCUCUGGAUGUGCCCACCAGCAUCCUCAGCGUGCUGAUAGACCUGGCCAAGAACCAGGACAUGAGGGCCAAGGCUGCCUCCAACGCAGAGCUGCUGGCCCGCAUUGGCAAGAGGAAAUAACAGCCAUCACUAUUUACAGUACACACCAACAGGGAUUUGGGAGCUUUUAUUAAUAAAUAUUAUGUAUUGAUAUAGCCUCUAUUUAUGGGAUUUGUUUCUUAAAUGUGAUUCAAUAAAGACGCUUUUGCACACCUCUGUAGUUGGGCAGGUGCGUAGGAUGUUAUCCCAGCCGGGUUGUCAGUCAAGUGAAAAGAAGUCCCGCACACUGUCC